CCGGGCCGGGACCCCGCCUGCUUCGCCCGCGGCUGGAGGCUGGACAGGGUCUACGGGACGUGCUUCUGCGACCAAGCCUGUCUUCUCACCGGGGACUGCUGCUUCGACUACGCCAGGGCGUGUCCAGCUCGCCCUUGCAUCGUGGGGUCCUGGAGCCCCUGGAGCGGCUGUGCCGACCAGUGCAAGCCGACGGCCCGCGUGCGGAGGCGCCCGGUGCAGCAAGAGCCCCGGAACGGCGGGGCGCCCUGCCCGGCCCUGGAGGAGCGAGCCGGCUGCCUGCAGUACUCGACGCCCCAGGGCCGGGCCUGCGGGCACGCCUUCGUCCCCGCCUUUAUAACUACCUCUGCGUUCAACAAGGAGAGAGCGAGACAAGCGGCCUCUCCGCAGUGGUCUACGCGCACCCAGGAUGCCGGAUACUGUAUGGAGUUCAAGACCGAGUCACUGACUCAUCACUGUGCAAUGGAAAACCGCCCCCUGACUCGAUGGAUGCAGUACCUCCGAGAAGGGUACACAGUGUGCGUCGACUGUCAGCCUCCAGCUAUGAACUCUGUGAGCCUUCGCUGUUCUGGAGACGGCCUGGACUCUGACGGAAAUCAGACUCUCCAUUGGCAAGCAAUUGGCAAUCCUCGAUGUCAAGGAACUUGGAAAAAAGUUCGGCGGGUAGACCAGUGUACCUGUCCAGCUGUUCACAGCUUUAUAUUUAUAUAGAUUAUGAGGUAAACAUUUCAAAAUGUGUUUAUAAACAUGCUAAAUAUUAUCGAGUCAUGUCCAACGCUUCAUAAACCUUCAACACUUGCUUGGCCAAGUUCCUGACUGACACAUGUCAUUGCCACACUCCGAAGUGGAGAAAGAAAAUUUAGGGGCACACAGCACCUUGAUUUUUACCUUCACUGCGUUGAGGACCCACUCUAAAGUCUCCUGUGGUUUUGUCCUUGACCUUCAACACAGAACCGUCUCAUUCAACAGGUGGCCCAUGUGCCACGAGAUACAUGUCUGUUUGCACUAAAAUUAUUAUAACGUGGUUCACGUACUGGUGAAUAAGUUGUCAUUUAAGGAUAGCCACACUUUGAAUUUUCCAUUUUUUCUUCCUAAUCUGCAAUCGUCAAAACUUCUCACUUUAAAAAGGUAUUCAGAUAUGUGUAUACUUUCACACAUACUUUUUCCAUAUAUUAUUCCACAAAUUCUGAAAUAAUUAAUUUCAAGCAAAUUGUCACAAAUAAUUUUUCAUAGGACAGUUGUUUAAGAUUUAGCAUUUUGUAAUAAAAAAAUAGCUAUGCUAAAAUACUUUUUUGAAGAAGAAAUUUUCUUCAAUUAGUUGAAAAGCUCAAAUGUUUAUUCUAGGUCAAUAUGAAUGAGUUCCUUUAAAUGUUAUACUUUUCACAAAGAGGAAUUUUGGCACCAAUAAAGGAAACAAUUGCUUUAAUUAUGAAAAUUCUACCGUCAUUAGCACCUAUGAUUAUUUCCAAGGCUGAGUCUGGAGCUGACUAAAAUAAUCUUUCAGAGUCCAAUGUCAAGUUUAGUUGAAGUAAACUCACUGCUUUUUUCUAUAGCAUACAUUUUCUUACGUUUGGGGUAGAAAGCAGAGGUACAGUUAUAGAAGGUAGAUUUUAUGACAAAUGCUAUGGUCUUACAUACAUUCACACAGAGAAGUCUUGGUCUCCUUAUUUUAUGAUCGGAAAACCAAUGAACCGGGGACAAAGAGUCUUGUUUAAGGGUCUGAGAAGACAAGGCACUGCAGGUCAGCCACUGAGCUAAAUCUCGGCAUCUCAUUCAGAACUCAGCUUCGAUGCCAAAGGCUGUGCUGUAAAAAGCUUAAGUGUUUUUCAUUUUCGAAGUAGAUUUUAAAUUCAGGAUAUUUUCUUUGGAGAAUUGAAUCUCAAGAUUUAAACUAUGUGAAAUUCCUUUGGUUUCAUUUGUAUAAAAUAUUAUUCACUAACAUGAUUUACUAAAAUACAUAUUUUUCAGUACUUAUGUAAUGACAGAAUGAUAAUAGCAAGCUUAAUAGGGAUGGAAUAUUUAAUUCUGAGAGUACCAAUAUUUGUGACUAUAUAUUCAUUUAACCGUCAGUAGUUUUUGUGGUAAAUUAAAUUCUUUGGAAAUUAGUAAUAAAAUAUUUGAGUCUCGUCAAAGUUAGAAACUUCAACUAUGUGUUUAACGUUAACAUUUUAAGAUGAUUUUAGCAUGUGUAAAGCAAGAUUUCUGAAAAUAUACCUGGCUGAUUUUCAAUGUGACUUAACAUUUUUAUACAAUAAAUAAACUUUAUGUUCACAUUUUUAAAA